AGAUAAGAAAAACUCACUCACUCGUUCACUUUCUCUGUAUCAAUGGAAGUAGGAAUGUCUCUGAACGCGCUCCUUCGUCUUCCUCCGACGAAUUCACGCUUCCUCCACAACGACGACGUUUCGGUGAGGCACUCUCUGGUUUCGAACCGGAGGCAGCACCGGAGCUUGAAGGCACCGCAGCGUCACGGUCACGUGUUUGUGGUUGAAGCCAAGGGCAAAAAGGGAAUGAUGGCUCGUCAGUUUCAGCGUUCAGCUCCUCCUCCUUUACCCAAAAUUGAAGACGAUGGCAAUCCCAAAUUCGUCAUCUUCAUUCGCAUGGCCAACGUAUACCUUUGGUACCCUCUUAGCAUUGUAACAGGUGGCACCACCGCUAAAAUCAUGGUUGCUGCUAAAGAUAAUUUUCUCGGCAAGUAUAUCUACAAAGACACCCUUGACAGAAAUCUCGCUGCUGUUAUCUACAAAGAUGAGAAGGAAGUACAGAAAUCUGCAUUCAAACAAUACCGUGUAUUGCGUUCAGCUACUGAUUUCAGAUACGGCUACAAACUUGUUGAGAAUACCAACAUAAGAGCUGCCCUUUCUACCACCGAUGUUAUUGAGCUUCCUACACCAGAUAAACUAAAAACCGUCCUGGAUAAAGUGAAAGACUUUUUCGGAGACGCGAAGGAAUCUUUUGGAAAGAUAACAUCAUUGGGCACUACUACAGCGGAGGAGUCAGAGGAAGACACAAAAGAAAAAACCAAGGUUAAAGGAUGAAACUAUAGCUGGAAAUGAUUUGCUUAAAGUGUUAUGAGUAGCCCGUGACCUUUUGAGCUCAGAAUGCUCAAUUAUGUUUAUGGAUUGGUUGGAGAGGAAACUUCUGUGCACAACAAUGCUACUCCAGGUUUUGUUCUUAGAUCUGUAACCAUCAAAAAAUUACUUCAUGUUUUGCAGAGUGAAUACAACCAUUGCGAUACUGAUCACUCAUGUAUGCUAUAAUCCAUGAUGCUUUGGAAUAGAUAACAUGUAGGAUGAGUAUGUGAUGGUACCGUUAUCAGUUCGAGAGAUUCCUGGAACUGUUGUACAAAUUAGGGUUUGUAAUAUCUUUGCAUUUUGACGGAAAUUCUUUAAAUUUCUCUCAGACUACACUGUCAGCUUCUGAUGAAAAAACAAUAUUGCAUUGUCAAUACUGGAAUUGUAAUUCUGGAAACUCGAUGCAGAUAUAAUGAACGUGCCUUUUUGUUUA